CUAGCGACGCCGUCAUAUCCAUUCUUCGUUCGAUCCCAAGGCGAACACACACACCACCCUCCAGUCCCGCGGCUUUCUUUGGUGGUUGAUUUUGCGAGCCACCGAACCCGGCAAAAAUCAUGGCGUCCCGCGUCAGGUUUGGGAAUUCCAGCGAGAUUGGAGUCUUCUCGAGGCUCACCAACGCCUACUGCGUGCUCCCCGACGGCGGCGCCGACAACUUCUUCAGCGUGUUCGAAUCCGAGCUCGCCGGCGUCGUGCCGGUGGUCAGGGCGUCCAUCGGCGGCACGAGGAUCGUCGGCAGGAUGUGCGUCGGCAACAAGAACGGGCUCCUCCUGCCGCAUACCACCACAGACCAAGAGCUCCAGCAUCUGAAGAACAGCCUGCCCGAUGAGGUGGUCGUCCAGCGCGUGGAGGAGCGCCUCUCCGCCCUGGGCAACUGCGUUGCCUGCAACGACCAUGUCGCCCUCACACACCCAGACCUGGACAAGGGAACCGAAGAAGCCAUCUCAGAUGUUCUUGGGGUGGAGGUAUUCAGGCAGACGAUCGCAGGCAACAUCCUGGUGGGGAGUUUCUGCGCCUUCUCCAACAAAGGAGGCAUUGUUCACCCGCAAACGUCGGUGGAGGACCAGGAGGAGCUGUCGACGCUGCUGGAGGUGCCCCUGGCCGCCGGGUCCGUCAACCAGGGGAGCGAGGUGGUGGCCGCCGGCAUGGCGGCGAACGACUGGGCGGCGUUCUGCGGCGCCGACACGACGGCGACGGAGCUGGCGGUGGUGGAGAGCGCGUUCCGGCUGAGGGAUGGCCACGGCCGGCCGGGAGACAUAACCAGGUCCCUCCUCGUCGUCAGCAGCUAUCUGUAGUGGCAGGUCCAGCUCCCAGCUUAUCUUGGGGGAUUAGCAAUGCUAAGCCAAGCCCCCAACCUGUAUCUCGAGAGUCGAUUAGUGGCAGUAAUGUUUCUAAACCUGGACUUACCAGGUGCAUGGAUCAUCUGUGAUGCUUUUGAGCCUGUCACAAGAUGAAUUUUGUACUAAAUUCGCAUUUAAAACUUAAACCA